AUGGCGCGAAACAACAAUCAGUCAGUAUCGUCCCAAACACCUCUGAGGAGCAGUGCCCAGGACAAGGACGAGAAGAGCUCCAUGGCCGACGAACACAAGGAAAACGUAGACAAAAAGCAGCCCACCAAAGGCCGUAUAGCCGGUGGAAAAUUCCUAGAGGAGCUUCGAGGAAACGACGAUGACAGCUCCGACAACGACGAUGGUCCGCUCAAAGAGGUCGAUAUGGAUCUGCCGCUCACACUGACCGAGACGAAACAGGUCAACGGCGAAGAAGUGAUCCUACUCAAAUUCGCCUCUGGGGACAAGGAAAACCCAUUCAACUGGAGUAAGAAGAGAAAGAGCUUCAUCACCUGGUUACUCAACCUUAUGACACUCUUCAUCGGCCUCGCAACCACGGCCUACAGCUCCGGAAUCAACAGCAUGGUGGAGGACCUUGGCACGUCUAACAUCAUGGGCCAAAUGGGCCUAUUCUUGUUCAACUUUGCUUGCGCGAUUGCACCGCUUUUUCUGGCGCCUUUCUGCGAGCUGGUCGGCCGGCGGAUCAUCUACGCUGGGUCCUACGGGGGCUUUACACUUUGCUUCAUUGGGCUGGCACUGGGGAAGAACAUCGCGACCAUACUCAUCAUGCGGACGCUCCUCGGCUUAUUUGGCUGUGUGGGUACGAUCCUAGUCGGCGGAACUUUCUCAGACAUGUUUCCCGAAGACGAGCGAGCAAAGCCCGUGGCAUUUUUCUCCUACGUGGCCAUCCUAGGCACAAUGGCCGCUCCAAUAUACAGUGGCUUCAUCAACCAGGAACUUGGAUGGAGAUGGAUUGAGGGUAUCCAGGGCUUGAGCAACAUCCCCCUGCUCAUACUUGUCGUCAUCUUUCUGCGAGAGACGCGCGGCGGAGCUACUCUACAGAAACGUGCAAAGGCCAUGCGGAAGGCGACUGGAGAUGAACGGUACAAGGCACAGAUGGAUAUAGACACCAGUGACGUUAAGAGAAUGUUGCACGCCUCUUCCGUCAAGGCUGUUCACAUGCUGGCAACUGAGCCAGUUGUCUUCUUCUUUGGAUUGUGGAUUGCAUUCGCCUGGGCCGUCACCUUUCUCUUCCUCUCAGUUAUUCCCGUCACCUUCCAACAGAAACGCGGCUGGGCCGAAGGCGUUGGCGGCCUGCCGUACAUUUCGCUCUGCAUCGGCGUCACCCUCGGCUACUGCGCCAACUUUUUACAAUUCCGCAAAUACGACAAGAUCGGCGCGUCGAACUCCCGCAAAGUCCUCCCCGAGCAUCGGCUCUACGGAUCCAUGUUCGGAGCCAUGUGGCUACCUAUUGGCCUCUACCUCUACAGCUUCACGCAGUACGAAUACCUUCCAUGGAUCGCGCCAACAAUCAGCCUCGCGCCCAUCGCCUUCGGCAUCUUCUUCGUGUUCGAGUCCUGCUACAACUUCACUUCGGACUGCUACGGCCAGAGCGCGUCGUCGGCUAUCGCGGGCCAGGGGCUGAUGCGGAACACGCUUGGUGGCGUGGCGCCGCUGUUCGCGACGCAGUUCUUCACGGGUGUGGGGAGCCAGUUUGCUGGGCUCAUUUUGGCUAUCCUUGCGACGUUCCUGAGCUUUAUCCCCUUUGUUUUGUUCAAGUAUGGGCAUAAGUUACGGGAGAGAUCGAAGCUCGCAAAGAAAUACUAA